AUGGUGAGCGCUGAUGAUCCAAUCACCUAUGCUGAAAAAAGGAGGUCUUAUAAAAGGAGAGUUUUGCGCAAAAAUAGUUCCUGCAUAACGGGUUCCUCGCAGAGUAACUUCACUGAACACGAUAGCUCUGAAGAUGACCUGACUAGCGACUUAUUAAGCCAUGGUACAUCGAUGUUAUUCAAUCUUCUUCCGAGAAAGUGGGAAGUCGUUCAACCAUAUUACUUAGAAAACGUUAACUUUCGAAUAUGUACUUACAACGUGCUAUCUCAGAAUAUUAUCGAUCGUACUGUAUUCCUUUACGAACAUCUUUUAAGUUCUGAAAGCCGUCACCACGAAAUAUCUUGGUCUUACCGUUCUGCACUCUUGGCUAAGGAAUUUGGUUUAAUUGGAGCUGACGUUUUUUGCCUUCAAGAAGUUCAAAAUGACCACUAUGAGAUCUUCUUCCGGCCAACUAUGGAAAAAGCGGGAUACAGAGGGAUUUAUAAAAAACGUGCUGAUCCGCUAGUAGAUGGCUGCGCCAUUUUUUAUCGCGCUGACUUUGAACUAGUUUACCAUAAGGACAUUGAGUUUGUAUUUGGCAGUGAAAAAUCCUUUAAUCACGGAAAUGUUGCUCAGGUAGUACGACUUCGAACAAAAGAUGGUGGCGAAGUUUGUGUUACGAAUACCCAUCUUCUGUUUAAUAGACGUCUAGGUCACGUGAAGAUUGCUCAGGCAGUCCGGUUAUUGGCGUCUAUUUAUGAGGCAACACCUGAUAGUUGUCCAUUCAUAAUGUGCGGAGAUUUUAACAUGCAGCCUGAGAGUCCAAUGUGUAAUUUUAUUUCUGAUGGCUUUUUACCAUUUGCUAAUCUAAAACAGUUUGAAGUAUCUGGUCAGGGUGGCUCUGGUGGAUCUGUACUUCGGCCUGACUUAUUCCCCAUCGGAAUUCAUCGUCACGAAAAGAAUUUUAACAACCGUGACGCCUUUGUUCAUAACCUUAAAUUUGCAAGUGCAUACUGCCAUGUGACUGAGGAUUUAAAGCCUGAGAUUUCGGCUUUUCAAAGUGAAAAGGCUUGCAAUCCUGAUUUCAUUUUUUAUUCUAUUGAGGACAAAAUUCUGCAUGAAAAGCCAAGAAGUCCAUGUAUUCUUGAAAUCAGAGAGGGGCAGUUGCACCUUGUACGUCGUUUAACUUUGCCUAGCGAGCUUUUGUUGAGGAGUACUAUUGGACCUUGGCCAAAUUUCACAACGCCGUCAGAUCAUAUACCUUUGGUGGUUGACUUCGCUUUAUUAUAA